AUGGCCUACCUCUUCUACAGCACAAUACUCUUCGUCAUGGUCCUCGGUACGGGCCUUUACCUCUCGCGUGCACGCUGGACGUCACAACUGCGAGACAUUAACCUUCCCGGCAGCAACUACCUCUACUCGCGCCUUCAGCUGGGCUCAUCAUUUUCCGACGACGCCGAGGCUGGUCUCUCAUCGGCCAACUUUGACCUGACCGCCAACAUCGAUGAGGGCGACGCGAGGGCCGGUCUGGACGAUGCGGCCAAGGCCGAGAUUCUGCGCAUCAUGAAGCAGAGGAGGCUACGGUUCGACGAGGCGAGGAAAGUCUACAUGGAGAACCGCUUCCGUGACAAUGACAUCGGUCCGGACGGGAGGCCGAGAGACCCCAAGUUUGUGAGCUUCUCAUGA